AAACAUGGGCUACCAAAUCCCUGGAAUGAUAAUGAUCGUUGCUGGGCAGGCUGAUCUGCAGAAACUCAUGCAGGCUAUGAGUAUGGGACAGACACAAGUGGCAAGCUCUGCUGCAUAUCCAUCAACCAGCUUUUAUGCACUAGGACAAGUUACCCUAGCAAAUGGUGUUGCUACAACGGGAGCAAGCAAGCCCCAUUCAGCUUCCCCAGUUCCAUCAGCGAAUUAUUCGCAAUCGGGUAAGGAUUAUGAUUUUUCGUCAUUGACGCAAGGGAUGUUCACAAAACAAUGAUCCGGGCCCCCCUUUGACGAUCUCUGGCUUUGUCAUUACUAUACCAAAAUAUUCAUUUUUACAAGAAUUGAGAGAUUUUUUUUAGGGGGGGGGGUGUUAGAGGGGAUUGUAACCAAGCUGUAGAUGCAGUUUCAUAUCAUUUUGUUUUCACCAUAACUGAGGACUUAAUUUAUAUGAGUAGAUUUAUGCCAAUACUUCAAUAAAAAUGUGUUUAGAUUGAAU